AUGGAUCGGAGUUGGAUAAAUUUAAAAGAUCGAGCUUCUAGUGAAUAUUUUGAUGGUGUUGCUAACUUUAUCAAAAUUGCAACUAAUCAUUUAGACGAAGAGGAAAGAACAAGAUGUCCUUGUUCAAAUUGUUUGAAUGCCAAUUGGAAUAGAUUAGACGUUAUAGAACGUCAUUUGUAUAAAUAUGGUAUGUCCCCGACUUAUAAGCUAUGGAUAUUUCACGGAGAUACUGUUGAUCUUUCUCUAUUUUUAAGGUCUAAUUCGAGGUUUCUAGGUGCAACGUUUUCCAAUGUAAGUGAAUGUAGAGAAGAGAAUGUAAAUCUUAGAGAAAACAUUGGAGUUAGAGAUACUAUAGAUGAUGAGAUGGUAGAGAUGAUUCAUGAUCUACAUGGGCCAAUGUUUGAAGAAUGUAGAAGAGAAUCAAACGAGCAAGAUGAGUCCGAUAAAAUAAGUGGAAUGUUUUCUGAAAUAAAAGAGGAGUUAUAUCCGGGAUGUCUAAAGUUCACUUCAUUUAAUUUUUUAGUGAAACUCAUGCACAUUAAGGUACUUAAUCGUUGGAGUGACAAAUCCUUUGAUAUGUUGCUUGAAUUAUUAAAUGAAGCCUUUCCGAAUGGUGUGAAGCUACCUGUCUCUUACUAUGAAGCUAAGAAGAGACUACGUGACCUAGGGAUGGGAUAUGAAUCAAUUCAUGUGUGCAAAUUUGAUUGUGCUUUAUUUUGGAAAGACUAUGCAUCACUUGACAAAUGUCCGCAUUGUGGAGAGUCUAGAUAUAGGUUGAAUGAUAGAAAGGGAAAAGAAAUUCCACAUAAGGUGCUAAGAUAUUUUCCACUAAAGGCAAGGUUGCAAAGAUUAUUUCUUUCAAAACAUACCGCAGAGGAUAUGAGGUGGCACAAAGAUAAGAGGUGUGAAACUGAAGGUAUACUUCGACAUCCUGCUGAUGCUGAGGGUUGGAAACAUUUUGAUGAACAAUAUCCUUGUUUUGCUUCAGACGCUCGAAAUGUCAGAUUAACACUUUCUUCUGAUGGGUUUAAUCCAUUUGGAAACAUGAGCACAUCAUACAACAUGUGUCCAGUAAUACUCAUUCCAUACAACUUGCCUCCUUGGAAGUGUAUGAAAGCACCAUUCACUUUUCUAUCUUUACUCAUCCCUGGUCCAAGGUCUCCUAGCAAAUAA